GAGCUACGUCAGCAGGUAUACAUGGUCAGCACACUACACACUUCGACACACGUUGGCUGAUGUUUUGUGGGAACUCGCAGCUAGCACAGUCGCAGCCAUAAAGUCAAAGCUACCACAGUCACAGCCAUAAAGUCAAAGCUAGCACAGUCAGUCGCAGCCAAGAGGACUUAUCAAUAAGAUUGUAUGGAGCCAGAGACAAACAUGGGGCGGGAGACACCCGCCAUGCUGAGUGCUAUCGUAGAAAAACUGCAAAAGCAGGCCGAUGGCCAGCCAGACGAUGGUCAACUGGGCGACGACCAGCCGCCAAGGUCAGCGUCCAGAGCAGCCAGCAUGGCGCGCGAGAGGUCACUGCUGGGCGAGUCGGACCACAUCCUCAGCAAAUACAAGAAGAGCGACGAGGAGCUGAUGAAAGAGUUUCUCAAGCGGAGCUCCAUGGACGACUCGGACAAGAACGAUCUGACCCCGCUCAUCUGCUGCGCCCUGCAGGGCAAGCUCGAGCUGCUGACCAAGCUGCUGGAUGUGGGCGCCGACAUGAACGCCCCCAACGGUGCUGGCACAACGCCCUUGAUCGCAGCGGCCGCCGCCCACCACGAGCAUGUAACACGAGUCCUGCUACAGAAUGGGGCCAAGGUCAAUCUGGUGGAUGCGCGCGGCAACAGUGCACUGAUGAUUGCCGUGCUUGCCGGGAGUCACGUGACCUUGCUACUGGAACACAAGGCCGACAUCCACGUCCGUAACGUUAGCGGUCAGUCAGCGCUCAUGCUUGCCGCAUACAAGGGCUCAGCGGAUGUGGUCAGCUUGCUGAUCCAGCAGGGGGCGCUGGUCAACCAGCGGGACCACAAGGGCUGGACGCCCCUCAUGUUCAGCGCCCAGUACAACGAGCACUCCACCAUCUCGGUCCUCUUAAGUCACGGUGCUGACGUCAACAUGUGUGACGUCACCGGUGCCACUGCCCUGCAUAUCAGCGCGGGUAACGGAAGUCUGGAAACGGUGGAGCUGCUACUCCAGGCUGGGUCAGAGGUCAACCACGUGGACAAAAGGGGCAGCACCGCCCUCAUGCAAGCCUGCUGUGGAGAUAACCUGACUUGUGUGAAGAAACUUCUGGAGGCCAAAGCCCUGCCCAACACAACGGACGGCACUGGAGCUUCAGCCCUGCAUCUAGCUGCAGCCAUGGGCUACACGGACAUCGUGCAGGAGCUGUUGCUAGCUAACGCCGACGUCAACUUGACUGACGAUGACGGCAACAGCCCGCUCAUAUCUGCCUGCAUGAACGGACAUGCGGACAUUGUCCAGGCCCUGCUGGCCGCGGGAGCAGACGAGCAGGUCAUCAACUACAGGCGGGAGACAGUUCUCUCCCUUGCCCUCGGCCUGAACCUGCAGGACAUUGUGCAGACAGUGCUCAGCUCUAGAGUCACAGCAGGGGCCUACCCGUUAGUCAACUUUAAGGGGGAGGGCGGUGUCAGCCUGCUGGACUUGGCGGCACGUGCAGGCAGUGCCGAGAUGGUCAGCUUGCUGCUCGCACACGGCGCUGAGGCCGCGAGCCCAGAGCGGAAAGUUGGCGCCACGCCGCUCAUGUACGCGGUCACGUGUGGCAAGCUCGCCGUCGUCGAGAUCCUUCUUAAGGCGGGGUCCCUGGUCAACGCCAUCGACGUCAGCGGGAGCACCGCCCUAAUCAAGGCCGCCCUACGGGGUCUCGCGCCAACCGUUAACUCGCUUCUAGCCGCAGGCUCCUCAGCUGGUGCCUCUAACGACCGGGGUAGGACAGCGGCCAUGUGUGCGGCCUACGGUGGAUUCGAAGACAUUCUUAAUAUGCUCCACCGUAGUGGCGCCUCCUUAGAAGACGUGGAGUCGGAGGGCUGGAACUGCCUAAUGAUAGCAGCCCACAAAGGUCACGUGGACGUGGUCAGAUUUCUCCUGGAGAGCCAAGUCUCAGUCAAUCAGGUCAUGAACAAAGGCCGCUCCGCCCUGGCCCUAGCAUCGGAGCACGGCUACACGGCAGUUGUUGAGAUGCUGCUGAACAACGGCGCAGACAUAAACAAGGCGGACGUGGAGGGGGACACGCCCCUGAUUCUCGCCACCCUCAGAGGCCACAUCAAAACGGUGAAGCUGCUCAUACAGCACGGGGCAGAGGUGGACCGCUGCAACAAAGACGGCCACACGGCCCUGUACGUUAGCGCCCGCGAGAACCUGAAGAAAAUCGUCGACGUCCUGGUGGAGGCAGGGGCGGACAUCAACAGGAGGAGCAAGAAAGGAUUCUUUCCCCUGAUGGCGGCCACACAAAGCGCGGACGUGGAGUUGGUUCAACUUCUGCUCAGCUAUGGCGCAGACGUCAACACAGUGGACAGGAAAGGCCGGACUGUCUUGAUGGUGUCUGCGAACUGUGGGCAGACGCCGCUGGUGCAGCUGUUUCUUGCCAGCGGUGCUGACGUGGAUCUGGCCUGCUAUGACGGCUGGACUGCUCUAAUGUACAGCUGCCAGCACGGGUUCACCGAGUGCAUGAAACUUCUGCUCGACAACAAGGCCAAGGUCAACAUCAGCGACAACGAAGGCAACUCCGCUCUGUGCAUCUGCGCGGCCAACGGUUUCCUCAAGGCGCUCCGUCUGCUCAUCGUGUUCGGGGCAACAGCACAAACGCAGAACAGGUCUGGGCGCAGCCCGCUCAUCCUGGCCACGUACAACGGUUUCUUGGACAUUGUCCAGUACUUGCUGCGUAAAGGAGACGCCAGGAAGACGUGUGAGUUUGUGGACAAGGAGAGGGGUGACACGGCCCUGAUCAUAGCCGCAAGGAGAGGUCACGCCGACAUUGUCAGCACGCUGAUUCAAAGCCGGGCCAACGUCAACGCUGAAAACAGGAAGCUGCAAACUGCGCUGUCCGUGGCUGCCAGGUACGGCAGGGAGGAGAUCGUGGCGGAGCUCAUCAGCAGCGGUGCGGAUGUCAACGUGCAGGACCUGCACGGCCACACUGCCCUCAUGCUGGCCGUGUCUGCUGGCACGCUGUCCACCCUACAGGCGCUCAUCAGUGCCGGGGCUGACAUCCACAAGGCAAACAACAGAGGGGAGACGGCCUUGACCUUCGCGGCUAGACACGGACAGUUGGCUGCGGCUCAGCUCCUGCUGGAAAAAGGCGCUGCCGCAGAUACCCGAGACACUGAGGGGAACACGCCCAGGUCGGUGGCCAGGUCUAGCGGACACGAUGAGGUGUACACGUUAAUCGUCUCACUUCAAGGUCAGGGAGAUGAAGCAGAUCAAACAGCGGGUCACAGUGACCCAACACCCUUAAGACGACCUCAGACAGCCGGGCGCGUGCGGUCAGCAGCCGAUGGUAUGCGAGUUCAAAGCCGCCAGGAGAGCAGAAGGAUGAGUUCUACGUCAUCAGCAGACGACACAGUUCUGGCAAUACGGAACCCGGUCAGUGCCAGCACAGAACUGGCAGAACGGCGGGAAACCUGGCUGACGUUUGACAUGGCAGCAGACGAGAUUGAUUCUGACCUAUUUGUCCAUGGCACCACGCUUGGAGCCCGAAGUUCAGACGAGAGUGACGACACAGUAGAUGAUGAUCUGGACGAUGACGUCAUCGUGGAUUAUGACGAAGAUGAAAUUGUACCAACCGGUGACAACCUUUCAGAUUAAAUGACCCCACCAAGUGACCCCAUCAAGUGACGUCACCAAGUGACGCCACCAACUGACGUCACCAACUGACGUCACCAAGUGACGCCACCAACUGACGUCACCACACGACCAACUCAAAUGGAAACGUAGUCUGACAUCAAUAAAGUUGUAC